GUGAUGCUGACGUAGCCAGCCCAGGGACCCUGCUUUUGAGAAACACUGAUGUAGAAGGACCUUCACAGUGCUUACACUCAGCGAGGAGGGUUUGUUGUUACGGGAGUGGCAUCGGUGCUCCCAGUGUUCGCCUGGCAGCUGGCUCUGUGGCUCUGCAGACCCUGUGUGUGGUCAGAACCCACCUGGACCAUGUCUCUCCCAGAGGCAGACCAUCCUACAGAUCCCACGGGCUGCCCCACCCCGCUGAAGACACAGCGACCUGCUUGUCAUUCUCCUUUGGGAAAGGACAAAGAUACAUCAGAGGAAGAGCGGCUGUCCGGGGUGGAGCCUGAGCAACCUCAGUGUGGUCCAGAGAACAGCAACCCAGACAGUGUCUCCUGGAAGCAUCUAGAAACCGGUUCUCUUGGCCCCAUGCAGAAGGUGAAGUCAUCUGGCCCAGAGGCGCAGCCCCAAGGCCGUGAGACCUCUCCUCAGGGCCCAUUAAGCCUGUCCAAGAAGCACUGUGAGAACCAGGGGACCCUUCUGCAGUUUGACCGGCAGGCCCCUGGACGCAUUUCCACCUCUCCUACCUUGAGGAGGUUAAGGGGCAGUGGCAGGGGGACUUCUUUCUCACUGUCUCAGCAAGAUGCCUUGCAAGUGCCCAUUUGGGGAAGCUGGAGAGCCCUUGCAGGCUCCCCAGGUCACCAAUCCAAGAGCCCACUUGGAAGCCCAAAGGAUUCGCCACACUCCCUGUAUCCCUCAAGUCCCCACUCAGGACCACCUGCGGACCCUAGCAGGGCCCUCAGCACAGCUGACUCCAUGGAGUCCCAAACCGGGUCUCCUGAUGAGGACCCCCUUCCAGUGCCACAGCCCAUCAGCCAACCGUCCCUUCACCAGCCCUCUCUUCCAGCACAAGAAGACUGUGGACCUCCCAGCCCCAGCCCACGGCACCCAAAUCCUCAGGCAGAAGAAUCACAUCGCUCCAGGUUCUAUGAGCACAGGCGGAGUUCCGUGGUGUUGAACUUACCUGGACUUGAAGUGUUCCCCGGGGACCUCCUGGUGUCUGACGGAGCUGCCGAUUAUCUGUGCCACCCACUUCUGCUGCUGAAUUCAGAAUCCAAAAAACCAAGAUGGCCUUUCUCCAAGAGAGGAGCGGGCAGAGACAAACACAAGUACAUAACCGAUUUGGAAAACUGCCUAUCUUCAGUGAAGAUUAGAGACUUUGAAGGCUAUGAGUUUUGCAGCCUAAAGGAUAAGACCUGGAAUGAAGUCAUGGAAACACAUCAGAAAGUCCCUACUGAUCAAUUAGACUUAAGAAAGCAGCAAGAGGCUGUGUGGGAACUUUUCACAAGUGAAUGCACUUAUUUCUUGGACCAUUUAUUAGUUCUUAAGAUGAUCUUUGUGAAUACACUAAAAUAUCUGCAGAAUCAUGAGUAUCUUCUGGAUGUGGAUUUAUGGAGACUUUUCGCAAACCUGGAGGAGUUAACCCAGACCAGCCUUGGCUUUGUGAACAGUCUUUUCAGCACCAUCAAGGACUAUGUAGCAGCGUCUGAGGCUUCGCCACUGAUGGACUUCAUUUCUGUGCUCAGAAAGUAUUUCCGUGGAAGUCUCUGUCAGAGCCACCAGAUGUACUGCCUGAACUACUCUGCUGCUGUGUUUUAUCUGGAGACCCUGAGGCAGAGGGAUGACUUCGGCAUUUACCUAAAAUGGUGUGAGCAGAAUGAACACUGCAGACGACUUCAUCUGCCCGAGCUCUUGGUGGCCCCACUACACAGGCUUACCCGGUAUCCCUUGUUGCUGAAGAACAUCUGGAAAAGGAGUGCAGACUCUACUGAGAAAAUCCUGAUCUACUCCAUCAAGGACAAGGUGGAAAAAUCUCUCCGGGAUCUUGAAGGAAAAGUGAAGUGGUUGGACAAUUUCCAAAAAUUUAGACAUCUACAGGAGAUUAUAGUGUGGCCUCCGCUUUGGGACAGAGAUAAAAGGUUUUUCAUUCCAGAGUAUUUGAAACACAUUUUUAAAGAAAACAUGGCAGAAAACAUCUUGUCACCAACAAACAGAAGCCUUCUCUAUGAAGGGAAAUUAACUCUUGCAGAGAGCACAAGAUUCCUGGACGUUUACCUGUUCCUCUUUGAUGACUUCCUCUUAGUUACAAAAACUAAGCGCAACAAAAAGAAACUUGGAGGCUCAGACACUGGCAUAAUGUGUCCUUCACUUACUCCUGAGCUGCAAACCAUAAUAAAAGAGGGCGGUUCAUGCACAGUACUUGAUCAACCCAUUCCACUAGACAGACUGGUAGUCAAAAGUAUUGACCUGCUCCACGUGUCAGUCUUUGGACUGAGAAAUGCUUUUCUUCUACAACAUGAAAACAGAUAUCGACAGUGUACAGCAGCAUUCUUAUUACAAGCCCAGACGGAAAAUGACAAAAAAGCAUGGAUAGCACAAAUAACAGCAGCAAUCUCUUGCUUCAAUAAGAAUCAGGAAACCAAGAAAAUAUCUUUAUUCACAUUGCCUGCAGAAUCUUCCGAAAUUUAGGAACUUAAAACAAGUGCAUACUUUUUCAGAGGUUAGGGUUUAAAUCAUUUCAUGAAACUUACUAACUUUUCUCUCAUAAUGAGCUAAAAGGAAAUGUGCUUUUUAAAGGCAUUCCAGAAUUUGAGAAUUUAAGCUAGGAAAGUCCUUAGAGGAAUAAUGACUGCAACAAAUUUGAAUUCGGAAGACUCCCUGACAAAUAUAUAUUGCUGUCCUGACUUCUAAUGCUUCAGUCAGACCUGUAUGAAGCGGUGAAGAAUGGUGCUGUUAUAAUUUGUAAAUGGUGAAUGACCAGACAAAGGCAGUAUCAGAACGACUGGGAAGUGCUUGUGUCCAAUGUGAAUUCUAGCAUUCUAAUCCAUAAGUAUCCAUAAAAUAAUGAAACCAAUUUUUCUACAUUGCUUGUAAAUCAGUCUUAGUGCUUUAUAGUCAGUCCUACCUCAAACACAAUGACAAUUUUUGAUCUACAAAGUUUGUGGCUUUUUAAAUAUAUUAAUAAAUGAGUUCACUUCAA